UAUUGUCUACCAACGCGUUUGUUAUCGAGAUGAGGGAUUUCGACCUUAUUCUCGGAAUGGAUUGGCUAUCCUUUUAUCAUGCAGAUAUCAGAUGUCAUGACCGGGAGAUCACCCUUUAUCUUCCGGGAGAUGAGUCGAUCAUUUUCUUUGGCUCCAGGAAUCGUUCAUUGCCUCAUGUUGUUUCGAUGGCGAAAGCCACUAAGUUGCUGCGGCGAGGUAACUGCCAGGGUUAUCUGGUGAGCCUUGUCGACGAUUCUCAGAAAGCACGCUCACCUCACGAUGUUCUAGUCGUUCGUGAGUUUGUGGACGUGUUCCCAAACGAGCUUCCAGGAGGACCGCCUAACCGGCAGGUGGAGUUCUCUAUCGAUCUUAUUCCAGGAGCCGGUCCAGUAUCCAAAGCCCCAUACCGUAUGGCGCCGAAGGAGUUUCAGGAGCUUAAGGCACAAAUUCAGGAGCUAUUACGACUCGGUUUCAUCCGACCGAGCAAGGACAGAUCCAUGCGCAUGUGUAUCGACUACUGGGAUCUUAACCGGUUAACGAUCAAGAACAAAUAUCCGCUUCCCAGGAUCGACGACUUAUUUGAUCAGUCGAGGGGAGCCU